AUGUCGCUCGAACUGUUUGACGUGCCCGAUGUGGAUUAUCGGUACGAAGCCUCGCGGGAGGUGGAGUUUCAACCCGCUUUGACAGGCAUCCAGCCCAUCACCUUCUCCAUUCCUGGCUCUGACGAUUAUUACGAUCUCAAUUCUCUCCGCUUCAAAGUCAAAGUGCGUUUGACCGAUCCCGCCGGCGGGUAUACAGGACUGCAUGCGGGUCUACUCAUUUCCAAUGCCAACGAAACCAGACAUGUCUACUGCGUCAACAAUUUUGGGCAAUCCAUCUUUCGAGACAUUACCAUGAGCAUGAAUGGCGUCCUUGUGACCGAACAGAGCAACACUUACCAUUACAGAGCCUACAUAGAAACCCUGCUGAAUUACAACCGAGAAGAAGGAGCCACCAAGCUAGCUGCCCAAGGAUGGGUCAAUCAGCUGAAUGUAGCAGAAGAAAUAGGAGCCACCGCCGCCAAUUCCGAUGUCCCUGUGGCUGCCAAUUGGAGUGGCAAUGCAGAGUUACGUGCCCUGACCAGCAAGUUACUGAGUGAAAAUUGGCACACCUUCAUCGUGCGUCCCCAUUUGCCCACCCUCCAUACAGGCAAAUUGUUGGUCCCCAAUAUCCAGUUGGACUUUGAACUGUUCCUGAACCCCAAAACCAUCUACCUGAUGGGCUCCCCCAACAAAGGCACCUUAGUCACCAAGAAAAUUCCAGCCAUCCACAAUGAUGACAUCAAAGUCACCUUGUUGAUGAGAAAAGUGACCCUGAAUGCUGCUGUCUAUGUCAGACUGCAAAAAGAAAGACAACUGAACAAACAGAUUGCCCGCUACCCUGUGGUGCGGAGUGAAAUUCGCACCUUUUCCUUUGAUGGACGCACCACCCAAUGGGAACAAGACAAUGUGUUUGUGGGACGAUUUCCUGAUCGAGUGAUUGUCGGAUUAUUGCAUUCGGAUGCCUUCAAUGGAGACCUGGAAAGAUACCCUUUUGCCUUUCAAAAGUUUGGUGUCACCCAAGUACGACAGACCUUGAAUGGAGAAGAAUACCCUUACAGAACCCUGCAAUUGACAGGAGACCAAGCCUAUGAAGAUUUGCUGGGCUACGAUCGAUUUCUACAAGCCAUGGGUGUCUACAAUGAACACAAGAUUCCUAUGCUGCUGCCUGGUGAUUGGGGACAAGGCAAGAAUUGUACCUUGUUCAUGUUCAACAAUGUGCCUAGUCAAAAAGCCGAUGACCCUGAAUAUCGCAACCCCCGUCAAUCGGGCAAUACGCGAUUGAUCAUUGAUUUUUCGGCGGCUGUGGGACACAACGUCACCGUCUUGGUAUGGAGCGAGUAUGAAAACAUGUAUGAGAUCAACCAUCUGGGAGGUAUAAAGUACAACAUCAACGGCUGAGAAAUCAGAAGUCAAAAAGACACCGAGCAUGGAGUUUGUGGCACUCAGUGAUGCUGUGUUGCGGACCCUGGCCUUGAAGACCCUGAAUUACGACGCGUGUUUCAUGGGUGCAUCCCGCCGACCAACUCCCCGAUCCCCGCCAAGGAGAUCCGUCAAGCCUACAUUGUCAACACGGACCCCGCGGGAGAACCGGGCCAGCAUUGGUUGGGCCUGUGGACCGAAAAGAACCAGUGCGAGAUCUUUGACAGUUAUGGUCUACCCCUGCACGUAUACACCACCCCGGAGUUGCACCAAUGGUGGGGUCAAUGGAAGUACCUGACGCGCAGUGACCAGACCCUGCAAGCCCUGGAUAGUCAAACCUGUGGCCAUUAUGCGUUAUUUUUCUUGAAAGCCCGGGCACAAGGACGGACCUAUCAAGAAUUUUUAAGUCAAUGGAGUUGCGACAAUUUAGUGUUGAAUGAUCAAAAAGUGGCCGAGCAGUUGAAACGAGUGAUCAAACGGGAAUUACAAGAUGAAGUCGAUGCCCGACGGGAUGGGGGGCAAAAGAAUGUGAGCCGCCAGGCCUUUAUCACUUGUAAUCAUUGUGAGUGUUGAAUAAAAAACCCAUAAAACGAAAUGUGUGGUCCACGAGUGGUCAUUUGUCUCUCAUGAUGAUUACGCGAAGCGAUGUCCAGCGUAUUGUGGAUGCGUUCAUUCUCGAAGAAACCUUGUAUUGGUGGGAACACCCCAUCGAACGGGUCAACACAGUGCGAGGGAUUGACGCGUGGGAUGGGUAUCAUUGGCUCAUGGCCCGACAAUUGGCCCAAGACCAAGAUUGGGUGUCCCUCAAACAGUAUAUGGACAGUAUGAGCGAAACGUAUUUAAGAGAGAUCAUGGAAGGUCUGAUCCAGUCUGAAUCGCCACGUGUGUAUCGCGAGUAUUGGACAGCAUGCCCCACCGCAGACGACGGCGACGACGACAGGGCACCCGACGACCCCGUUUUCGCCAAAACGGACGAGGCAUCAUGAGCGUGUUGGCCAAAGCCUAUAAAAUCGGGGAUAAAUUGGGACGCGACAAACGGUAUAAACGCAUGGGUGCUAAAGGAGCCACGGGUCAUUAUCGACGUCACCCUCGACCGUGGGAAUCAUGAUCCGACAACCCAGCAGUGUGAUUAUCGCAGGCCCGUCGGGCAGUGGCAAGACGGAUUUGGUGGAACAAUGGUUACGGUACCUGAACGUCUUUCAAGUCAAACCCCGUAAGAUUGUGUAUGCCUAUGAUCGUUGGCAACCCCGAUUCGAGCGGAUGCAACAAAAGGAUGGGAUUCAAUUUUAUCGCGGGUUACCGGACCCCCGUCAUUUGACGCAAUGGUUUGGUCGAACGCGUGGCGGGGUGCUGGUCUUGGACGACCUGAUGGAAGAAGGGGGACAAGACAAGCGCGUGUUGGAUUUGUUCACCAAAGAUUCGCAUCAUCGCAACAUCACGGUGUUGUAUUUGACGCAAGAUUUAUUCCCGCCGGGCAAAUUUUCCAAGACCAUUAAUCGCAACGCGCAUUACAUUGUGGCCUUCAAAAACCCUCGGGAUCAAACAGGGAUACGGACCAUUUUAUUGCAAGCCUUUCCGGAUCGGUGGCGUCAAGUGUUGCGCCUAUUUAAACGCAUCACGGCUCGACCUUUUGGCUAUUUGAUGUUGGAUGUGCAUCCAGCCUCGGAUGAUCGCUACCGCCUGUGGAGUCAUUUAACGCCCCGAGAAGGCAAAGCGCAAGUCCACACCUUGCGGGCGGAUGUCCCUGCCGUUCGAAAACGUGCUGCUACGAGAACGCGAACGUCAACGGCGGCAAAGAGAAGGCGGACAACAUACUGAGUUAGCCGCUCGCAUGGACGCUCACACGCCCGCGGGGGUAGGUUCCCCUUCGGUCCUCCGAGAUCUCAGCAGCAUGACGGACAUGGUGACCGAAUUGUCUCGACCCGUGGAUCGUGCCCAAUUGCAGCAAGACAUUGAGGAUUUUAAUUUGACCUACCCGGUUAAUGUAGACGAUGCCUUGAAUGCCUUCACACUCCCGCCCGUGGCAGGCACUGGCACAGCCCCUGUCACCACUGCCACCACCACCACCACGGCAGCCCCAACCCGCCCCACCACCACCACCAGCCGACCACGACCCGUCACGUCCACCCGAACACGCCCUACCACCACGGCCACGACCACCACCGCCCCUGCCCGCCCCUCCACCUCCCGCCGCAGUGUCGGGGCAGGAACCAGGACCACUACCUCGACGACAACGACCCCCACGGGACGCCCCACCGUGGCUGCCAAACAACCGCGACGGCGCCCCAGGGUGCCCUCCCCACCCUCCCCAGGUUCGUCCCCUCCGUCCGAUGACGAGGAUGGCGAUGAUGAUGAUGACGAUCGACGGCGAGGCUUAAGGCGACGGUUGGAUUUGCUCAAUGAAGAUGCUCAAGAACGGGCACGAGGUCGACGGAUUCGCAACAUCACGCACACCAAUACGGUGACCACCGUGUAUGAAGAGGGGGGUCGUCCCUCGGUGCGCCGCACCUCCACCCGAACCUCCAGCCCAAGUCCA